UCUCCAUUUCUGUGCUGUCCGUCCGUCUCUCCUUCCCAACGAUCUAAACCAUCACAAUUACUCCUCCUCACUUAAAUACUAAUCACUCAUCACUUCCUUUCUCUUGCCCCCUCCAUUCUAUUCCUCUCAGCCUUUUGUUUUCUUUGUCAAUUCUGCCUCUCUUUCACCAAUUCCAACUGCUAGAGCGCCUUCUAUAAAGCACUCGUUCUUACAAACACAAACCGUUUCCUUUUUCAGUCAGAGAAAGAAAGCAUCGACAUAGGAGUUAUCGAAACUAGUCUGAUAUGGCAUUGAAACUCAAUGCUGUGAGCUUCCCAACCAGCAAGGUGUCUGCAUUCCCAAAUGGGUCUCGCCCCAGCAGAUCUCAUAACAGAGUUUUCAUGGCGUCCACUCUUCAUUCCCCUUCUUCUCUGGAUGUUAAGACUGUGAAGAAGCCUUUCACCCCACCAAGAGAGGUGCAUGUUCAAGUGACUCAUUCAAUGCCACCAGAAAAGCGCGAGAUUUUCAAAUCUCUGGAUGGUUGGGCUGAGAAGAACAUUUUGGUGCUACUAAAGGAUGUUGAGAAAUCAUGGCAGCCCAGUGAUUUUCUCCCAGACCCUGCCUCUGAAGGAUUUGAGGAACAGGUAAAGGAACUGAGGGAAAGAUCCAAGGAAAUUCCUGAUGACUACUUCAUCGUGUUGGUUGGAGAUAUGAUUACUGAGGAAGCACUUCCAACUUACCAGACUAUGCUUAACACUCUUGAUGGAGUUCGAGAUGAAACUGGUGCCAGUCCUACUUCUUGGGCAGUUUGGACUAGGGCAUGGACUGCUGAAGAGAAUAGGCAUGGUGACCUUCUCAACAAAUAUCUCUUUCUUUCUGGAAGGGUGGAUAUGAAGCAAAUUGAAAAGACUAUCCAGUACCUGAUCGGUUCUGGGAUGGACCCUCGCACAGAAAACAACCCCUAUCUUGGUUUCAUUUACACCUCGUUCCAGGAGCGGGCAACUUUCAUUUCCCAUGGGAACACUGCCAGGCUUGCCAAGGAAUUCGGCGACCUGAAACUGGCACAAAUAUGUGGGACAAUUGCUGCAGAUGAGAAGCGCCAUGAAACUGCAUAUACCAAGAUCGUUGAGAAGCUAUUUGAGAUUGACCCAGAUGACACUAUGGUGGCCCUAUCAGACAUGAUGAGGAAAAAAAUCUCAAUGCCCGCACACCUGAUGUAUGAUGGCAGGGAUGACAACCUCUUUGAACACUUCUCUGCUGUAGCACAGCGCCUUGGAGUCUACACUGCCAAGGACUAUGCAGAUAUUUUGGAGUUUCUGGUUGGAAGAUGGAAAGUGGAGAAAUUGACAGGCCUUUCCAGUGAGGGGCGUAAAGCUCAAGAUUAUGUAUGUGGGCUGGCACCAAGGUUUAGAAAAUUGGAGGAGAGAGCCCAAGCAAGGGCGAAGCAGGCAUCAGCUGUUCCCUUUAGCUGGGUUUUUGGUAAAGAAAUCAUGCUUUAAAAGCCCAGCAUGAAAAGAUCUAUUUUCUGAGGAGCACUGAAGCAGGCAUCAUCCAGUAUUUGCUUUUCUUUUUCCCCCCCACCAGUGUCUGUUUGGGAGUAUUGAGUAUUAGAAAUAGUUGCAGGAUUGCUUGUAGUGACUAAGUUAAAUAGUUUUUCUGUUUUCUGUCAAAAGAUGGUUUGUUAGCUAAAAUGAGUAUGUGGGAACCUUGUAUAUACACUUGGCUUUAUAUCGGAACUGUGUUACAAAAAUAUUUAAUUGGGCAUAUGUCUUUACCUUGGCUCUUUGAA